UUUUCAAGGUGAGGUAGAUCUAGGAAUUUAUUUAUGGUGAAUUUUAAGAUUGAAAUAAAUUGGAAUAAUAGUUAAGUAAUGGCGAGAACAAAAGCUUCUGUAGGUGCAAAAGUAUCAUCUGGUAAAAGCAGUAAAGCAAGAUGUUGUGCUGCGCCUCCACCAAACAGUACUGGAGCCUCAGGUGGUAGUGAUCGUUCCUCUCGAAGUCAUUCCGGUGGAAAUCCCGUAUGUCCAAGAGAGACUCCGAUAUGGCAGAGACCUAUUACUAGCUUCAUCGUCAACAAAAAAGCAGAAAGUGUCGAGAAAGAAUACGAAACACCAAGAAGCAGCAAAACAAAUAAAAAAGGAAUCGAAAAUAACUCUAAAAAUGAUGCAGAAUCUGACGAUGAGGAAAUAACUAAAACCAAACCGAAACGUAAUAAAAUCUUAUCAGAUGAUGAAGAGACACCUAAAAAUAGGGAAUUAGAUGAAUCACUAAUUUUAGAACCUUUAACCGGUGAAAACAGUCACAAAAUAGAUGAAUACUAUCAAAAGAAUAACAAAGGGAAGGGUAGGGGAAAGAAGAGUAGAGAAAAUAAUAACAUAGACGAUGUUAAAAGAAAUCUGAAAAGGGAUUUGGAAGAUAUUACUUUUGGUGAAGAAAGUGAACAUACUAAUAAAAAGGCUAAAAUUGAAUGAUUAUUACAUAUGAAAAGGCACUUUCAAGACUUCAUUUAUAUAGAACAUCUUCCAGACAAGAAUUUAGAAGAGAUAACUAAAUAAUCUAGAGUUAUUUAGUUAUUAUAAAAAGUGCUGAAUCUUAAAAUAGAAAAAUCACUCGGCUGGUCUGAUUGAAAAUAAGUGCUUUGUGAAAUAUUUGGGAUUUUCUAGUGUUGUUUCAAGUUCUAAGUGUUUACAGUGUGUCUAAAAUAGAUUAAUUUGACAACUGACGCCUAUAAAGAUAGAAUUAAUUUAGUAUGAGUAUUAAUGUUGUACUUAAUGUACGGUUGUCAUAGUGUCGGAGUGUACGCGUAUUACGAACAACUACGAACUAUCGAUAAUCGGUUUUAUAAAAAUAUCUAUCUAUUAGUUAGGGUAUCUUAUUAGUUUUUGAAUUUAUUACAGAUAUUUAGCUAUAUCUCGCGCUAUUAACUAAAAAAACGUUAGUUUCUUCUUUUUGUGUCUCAACAUCUCAAUUUUUAGUUUAAAAUGUUAUAUUUCUACGUAAUUAUGAAGAGUAAAGUUGACAUAAAAGGAAACAAUUUCAUUUGUGUUGUGAAUCAAAAACAAUCAAGAAAUUAUCGAUUGCAAGUUCUAUGAGA